CUUACAGCAAAAAUCAACUACUCUGAUAACAAUUUACUCGCAUAACUGUAAUAAAAAGGAAAGGAAAUAUUUAAUAACAGUUAUCAGUGAUAGACAAAUGGUAAAAGAAGUAGUAACAAGUAGUAGGUAAUACUUCGCAACGAUGUUCAAUCAAACAAUCUCAAUGAUGCUCGUCGAGCAGUUUUAAUAAACAAUUUUGUCCAACGAAAAGGACAAGAUUAUUUCUUUUUCUUUUUUUCUUCAAAACGGCGAAAAGGAAGUCACGAAACACGGCGAACCACUACGAUAUCCACUACACGGGCUCGUACGCGUAUAGCAACGGAGCACCGAGCGUGUACAGCAGCCACUAUCCGGCGAACGGUGGCUUCGUGCAGCCUCAUCUUCAUGAAGACUACCGGCCGAUUUACUUUUACGUAGCGCAACCUUAUACUAUUCCGUAUACGUUUGCGAAGAGACCGAGACCGUCGUCGUUGUUAAGAUCUGGGAAACCUCGGAGUAAUUGUCGUGUCAAAUUCUCCAAGAGGCUCGGCAAUAACGAUUUCUCCCAAAAGGUCAAACAAGGAGAGUUUUCGAGGAGUCUUAGUCAGGUUCACUUCGUCGAGAAUCAAGGACAAGUGAUCUCAAACUAUCCGAAGACUGGGUUGCCUCGUGAUCCAAGGAUGACGUCUAUGUUUCGAAGGGGCACGAUUUUUGCCACGUUCUUCCUCUCGUUGCUGGGCGGUGGGCUGGUCUGCGCCGCAUUGGUGACGCAACAUUGGGUGGAAGCGCGACCCUUCAGAACUCCAAAUCCUCAAGAAAGUGCGGGCAGAGUUCAUUUCGGCCUUCUCCAAGGAAAGAAGGAAUUGAACGUCGCCUAUGGUUGGAGAACCUAUCAUAUUUCGGUGCCUCAAAUGAUCAAGCAAGACCCCACAGUGAUGUCCUGGGGACUUUGGAUAAGUACUUUAACGACAACCUCGGCUGCACUUGUCACUGCUGGUCUAGCUGCUUUACUCGCUGUUUUGAAUACAGCCACUUCACCUAGAUCCAAGAUCCUUUCUGAUCCUGGAGUAUAUUUCAUAAAUAUUUUAACGUUAUUAAUGUGCAUGGCGAGUACGAGCACUUGGCUGGCGCAAUAUUACACAAAGCUAUACUUCAAUGUGCUUCCUAAGGAGGAUAUUGAUAAUAUGUGGACCAGUGAAGGUUCUGCUGAGCUUGGUUAUUCAUUUUGGCUCGUUGUAUGCGCUGGUGUAGUACAUUUAAUCAGCAUAGCAUUGGUCGGUUGGGGCUCAGGACGAGACAAGAUCGAACGUCUGGAGACAAUUCCGGCAUUGGAGGAAAAGACUGCUGCGGCAAUAAUGCUGUAUUGAACUUUGAAAUUCUUGAGCCAGAUCUCAGAGACAAGAAAUCCAUUACAAAAAUUACAAAGUGCUGCUCAUAUCUGUUAGUGUGCGACGUGAGGAUCGAUUAAGCAGAAAGCAGAUUGCAAUAAUUUUGCUAUUCGAGAAACGACAAGUUCCUAAAUGUUAGCAUACUUAACAUUAUAGUAUUAAAAGGAAACAAAGGAGCAAGCACGUUAAUAGAAUUAUUAUAUAAUAAUAUAAUCUUAAAAUUGCAAUAUAAAAUUUUUCUGAAAAUAUCCAAUUUAUACAAUUCAAUUAUUCAAGAUUAUUCAUAAUCAAUAGACGAAUUUAAUCGUGCAAAAUCAAGAUUUUUUAUAAACAUUUUAUCAAAUUGAGUGUGGGAAUAGCAGAUACAAUUUUUGUCGUCGAUUUUUAUCAAAAUUAUGUCAAAAUACAUUUUGAUUAGAUCUGUAAUUUCCAAUUAAAUAUUCUAUUUGGAAAACAUAACCGCAGGAUUUUCAGACCGUUGAAAUUAUCGAGAGUGAAAACCAAGCUGUAUAAUUGAUGAUUUUUACAUGAAAUUAGUUAUGGAUUUUCACCAUAAUAUUAGGUGAAUUUAAACAUUUUGAUUAGUAAUAAUAAAGUUCAGUACAUAUAUAUAUAUAGUAUAUAUAGCAUACAAAGUAUAUACUAUAUGCUAUAUGAUGUUGAAUUAUGCUAUUAUUUUUUUGUAAUACUUGCAAGAAAUAUCUCGAUUAGACAUAAAUAUACAAGAUGUUAAUAUAUUUGUAGGAUACUCUAUCUUUUCUAUUAACUUAUAAGCAAUUUAAAGAAUUUGCAAUUCUUUAAACAUCUGCCACAAAUAUAUUAAUACUUUGUAUACGCAUCAAGCGCAAUUUAUUCUACUAUAAUAGUAGUAUUCUUUUUUCUUAUAAUUGUUGAAUUAUAUUUGUCAAUUUAUAAUCUAAAUAUUUUUUUUUGUUAUCUUUUAUGCAUCUAAAAAUAUUCAUUUUUGCAUUUAUUAAUCUUUAAAUUAAUCUUCCUUCUUUUAAAAAAAACUUUCAACAUUUUUUUUUGUUUACAAUAUAAAUAAUAAUUAGAAUCUAAGAAAAAUAACAUACAUGCACAUCUUGCCUUUUAGAUGAAUGAUAAAAUAAAUGGGCGUGUUUAUAUUUCCUAUCCAUGUGUUUGUGGUUGUACUUAUGUACGAGGUGAUUAAAAAGAAAUUCAAAUUUCACAGGUUGUAAAUAGAAACGGAGUUUGAUACUCUGUAGUGAUUUAUUUAUUACGUAGUAUCUUAAUUAACUAUAUCAUAAAUGUAAUAAAACAAUUAAAAAGACAAUACAGAUAAGAUGCGUAGAUCUGCAUUUAUACCAUAAUAAAAAAGGUUUGCUUUUA